GAGUGGGUCAAGAAAAAUAAAAGUUGUUGGUGCGGGAUUUUGGUGUGAUUGUGGUGAGAGAAAAAAAGCAUUUUCAGGCAUUCCUGAGGCUCAGAGAUGGCAGAUUCCACGGAGGAAGUUGUUCCAGCUGGCUGGGAGAAGAGACUGAGCCGAUCCACAGGGAUGCAUUAUUACCUAAAUAUCUACACCAAGGAGUCCCAGUGGGACCUACCCACAGCACCAGCUGAACCUGCCUCAGCACAGGGUCCCAAUAAGAUUCAGUGUUCGCAUUUGCUGGUCAAGCACACCAAGAGUCGCCGCCCGAGUUCGUGGCGCCAAGAAAACAUCACACGCUCCAAGGAGGAAGCUCACAGUCUCCUCGAUGGGUAUCGCCAACAAAUCCAAUCCGGCGAGGUGACCCUCCAGGAACUAGCGCAGAAAUUCUCAGACUGCAGCUCGGCCAAACGAGGUGGUGACCUUGGCGCCUUUGGCCGGGGUGUCAUGCAGAAAGCCUUCGAGGAGGCGGCAUUUGCCCUGAAAGUCGGUGAAAUGUCCGGGAUUGUGGACACCGAUUCUGGGCUUCAUCUCAUCCUGAGAACACUCUAAAGAAAACCACCAUCUUGGAUGUAUUUAAAAGUUCUUUUCUCUAUAUUUUCUCCAACAAAACACGAGCUCCGGGGGAAUUUUCUUUCUCAAUCCCCUCUCGGCGUUCCCGCAGCAUUUGUAGGAGUUUCUCCGUCUCCGGGGCCCCCUUGAGGAUGUCAGCAAGGAGGAAGCAACCCCGAUUGAUGGGCAGCCAUUUCUCCACCUUGAAAUUAAUGAAGAAAAAAGUCAAAAUAAAAAGCAUUUCCGGAUUAAACCAAAAAAAA